GAUCUCAUGUAGAUCUCAGUACGAAUUUCAGUCAUGAGAUCUCAUAUAAUAUUUUUACGCGGGAUUUGUUCCAAUUAAAAGAAAUCUGGGUUUUAUGUAUUCGGACCGACUUCCAAUUAAACCCGAUUAAUACCAAUUAACUAGUAGUCGUACUGCUCUAUUAUCUCAAUUAAAUUCGAUUAGAACCGAUCAAAAUGGAAUCGGCAUUAAUCGGGUCUAAUUGGUCAUUUUUAGCAGGGUGUGCUAAAGCAAUCGUACCAACUCAGGCACACUCUUCUCAGCACCCGGGAAACGAAAACAGAAAAAUAUUAUUUAUUUAUUUACAGAGAUAUAAGUUAUUUGAUUAAACCUUUUAAGUGUCAUCUGCGCGUGAGACGCGCAGUCGAUAGGGAUAAAUAAACAUAUUGAAUUCUGCCUUUUUUGAGCGAAAAGCGGAUUUCAUUUUUUGUGUGCUAGCUCGUAGCACUCAAUUUUGAUUUCGAUAUUUCUCGAAAACGCGAACACGCACAAACAACAGUUACCAAGGUUUUCUUUAUAAUUUUUAAUGCGCAGACGAUUUGAUAAAACUAAAUUAUUAUAAAGUUAAAAUAUAUAAUUCUGGGUUCCAACUUCCCGGACCUAUAGUAAUACAAAUAAAUGCAUAUAAAUGUAAAAUUUAUUUGUAGGUUAUUAACUUAUGAAUAGUUGAUAAUAAAGUCACAUAACAACAUCUAACAAUGCACUAUUGCUUAUCAUUCCUUGUUAACUGUUGUUCUUGAGUUAUUGUAGACCUUUUAGUAUAUAUGUAAUUUCUUCAUCAUACUAUCACAGUUUUACGCUACACAGUUAGACAGUCAACUUAUGUUUAAAUUGAUAAAAAAAUCUAUUGAUGUUUUUUAUUAAGAAAAAGAGUAAAAAGAACUACAUAACACAAGUAAAAAAAUGGAUUUACUUGGAUCUAUUCUUAACUCUAUGGACAAGCCUCCAUCAAUAUCUGUUUCGCAAAAAGCAUUAAUGAAAAGUGCUGACAUGGAUGAGUUCCGUCAAAUCAUUCUGAGAGAGUGGAAUAUUUCCGAGGCCCAAGAGGCGCCAGGGGAUGUUUACAACGAACUAACAGUCACGCUCUUCCGAAGACCGGAUGGAUCCUUGUUCUUCUGGAGGACGGAUCAACAACUGAGACGAUUCGACGAGUCUCUUUCCAAAGAGGAGAGAGCUCAGAUUGAAAGAUGCUGGCCAGCCAGCGAAAGAUUCUUCGAUUUCGAACUGAAUUAUCAGCAGGCAUAUGUCACGAGACAAGACGUACAAGACAUGAUUGAUGGCCAAACUCAGACAAUUCUUGGCAGCAUUCAAGAAAUGGUCAGACAGCUGACAACACCUGAUCUGGAGAAAAUCAAGGGUUCUGUACAAGCUCGUGCUAAGCCUACAUCCUCAAAGGAGAAUGAUACUUGCUUCGCAGGUCUCACGCACCCAGCUGGUGAGACAGCCGCAAGCUCGCGGAGCGCAGGCCGGCCAAAAUCUGUCCCCAAGAUAGUUCGUAAUGAAGUCAUCCCAAAACAAAACCAGCUCCGGUUCACCUCGACUCCGGUUACUACCUCGGCUACAAAGACGGUUGACAGGGAUGAUCUUAUGUCGAUGAACAUAAAUCUUGGCACGUUCGUCGAACAAUCUAACCAGAGGAACCACGGCAGAUGGGACUUAGAAGCAGAGGAUCCCUCGGACUCAGAUUCUGAGAGUAAACAAACAUUGGGUGCGAAAGGUUCCUUUGAGAAAGGAUCACGUGAUGGUAACGCUCUGCUCAAAACUGGAUUUGCAGGAGAUGGAAGAUUCGAAAGUGAAUCUCAGAACUACAGAGAUCGAAUUGAGGCAUCCAGAAUUGGUAAAACCAAAGGACAAACGGCUAAAGUUUUCUAUGCCAGUGACUGUCACAACGCCCAAGGACGGCAGAUCUGCAGAAGUUGUGGUAUGGAGGGCCAUUGCAAGGAUGCGUGCCCUCAUCCAGGCAAACGCCUAUGCUAUUAUUGCAAGAAGAUUGGUAGUCACGUUGCGAGCGAGUGUCGCAAACGCCAGGCCGACCUCGAAAGCCCUCAAGGAGGCUCGGCCAAUCCGCAGCCAUCCAAAAGAGGACGCUGGAAUUCCCCGAGAGGGAACAGCUCUAAUAGUUUCAGAGGAAACGGCUCUGGCACCUUCAGAGGCAGAGGCAAGCCCAAUCCGAACUCUUUGAGAGGAACCAGAGGCAGCUCGAGCAACCGAAGCCGUGGACGAGGACGUGGCGGAGCAGGUUUUCAGCAACGCCCUGGAGGCAACAACAACACCAGCUCAGGCUCGUCACUUCAGGUCAUCGUUGAGAACUAUGGAGACUCUCCGGAGGAGGGCGAUCAACCUGGCAGCUGGUUGAAUGAGGAGUCCUGGGACUGAGAGCUCUGCAAGUGAGAGGGAGUGUUGGAUUAUGGCUGAUGCCAUACGGCACUUGCUACGCUCCACUAGUUGCCUAGACUCUCUGCCCGCGUGCGGGGCCCCGCUCCGCCGGUAGUUCGGAGCUUGUACUCAUAGAGAGAGCACGUCGAAAUUCUUCAUUUAUCAUCAUUCAUAGUUUUUCUCUACUAGAUAGAAGUCCAUAGAUAGUUUCUUAAUAAAGCCUCGGUACUUAAUAGUCA